GACCCUGGCAGGGAGCAGGGCAGCUGCUCAGAAAAAUGUUGUUACCUGUUUACAGAGCCAAGGCUGUGCAUCCCCAUGCUUUGGGGAGCAAAAGCACAGCUUUGGCACCAGGAACAUCGACACUCUGGAUUGUUCCUGUGCAUAGAUAAAUAACCAUCUUGUUCCUUCAUUGCUUUUUUCAGCCGCAGAGUUUCUGCGCCUUCCCCUCCUUGUCUUCCCUCGGCCAUGUCUGCAUCCAGAUCUCUGGUUUGUAUUCCAGGGUCUUUAUUUCUGUCUGUCUCAGUCCUGAAACUGCCCUGGAAGGCUCUUAAGUGCUUUUGUUGCUGCAGUUGACAGGAGCAAAGCCUUCCAGGCUGCAUUAGUGCUGCUUCAGGCUGGCAGGCAACAGAUGGAAAAUAAACUAGUUCAGGAGCUCUGGGGAUGGUAAUGGUGCUGCAGGCAAUAGAGAAUAAACACGGUUAAACAGCAGAAUACAGAGUAUUUAUCCUUGCAGCUUGAGGCUUUUACGGGGGUGGCAGGGGAAGCUGCCCCAAAUGAUGGGUCACAGGGGAUGUGCUGCAGGCUGGCUGGCAGCGAUGUGGCUUGUCUGACUCGCUGCAUGUCUUUCACUCUCACACCGACGUGGAGCUCUCUUGUUCUGCCUCCAAGUUGUCCCUUCCCCUUCAGUGCUGAGCGCUGUGGAGCGGAAAUAACUAGAAGCAUCUAGAGCUUUUCUGGGGCUGCUCCAGCGUUGUGUUUCAGUGGUGUUUUCCACGGGAUGCUCUCCCUGUGAGCUUUGCAGAGGGAGACGCUGAGGCACAGGCUGGCUGAGACCUUGCAGAAAUUUCUGGAGAAGACCAUGGGAUUUGUGGCUCCCCGAUGGAUGGCUGACUGAGUAGGCAGUGCUCCCUGCGGAGCAAGGGGCUGAAAUCCUCCAUCCAGUCCUGACGAUGGAGACCUGGAGGGGAACCUGCCCAGAGCAGGGCACUAGUGUGCGGUGACACUGGCAUGGAUCUCGGCACAGGUGAGCUGGCACUGAAGUCUUUGGGAAAUGAGGGGCUGUUUCUCUUUUCUUCUCUGGACACAAACAACGAUCUGUACCUCAGUCCAGAAGAGUUCAAACCCAUAGCUGAGAAGCUGACGGGGGUUGCUCCCAUGUCAGAAUUGGAAGAGGAGGAGACGCCUGAUCCAAGCGGGGAGACAUUGUCUGUUGUGGCUAAAUUCCAGCCUUUGGUCAUGGAAACGAUGACGAAGAGCAAAGAUGGUUUCUUGGGAAUUUCUCACGUUGCUCUGUCUGGGCUGAGGAAUUGGACUGCCCCAGCAGCUCCUAUGAGUGUGAUGUUUGCCAGGCAGUUUAAAGCCUUUCUUCCUCCAAAGAAUAAACUGAAUCUUGGGGAUCCGUGGUGGAUAAUUCCCAGUGAAUUGAACAUCUUCACUGGGUAUCUUUCCAACAACAGAUUUUACCCUCCGUCCCCCAAGGGCAAAGAGAUCAUAAUCCACAGGCUUUUGAGCAUGUUCCACCCACGCCCCUUCGUCAAAACCCGCUUUGCUCCCCAGGGUGCCGUGGCCUGCAUCCAAGCCAUCAGCACCUUCUACUACACCGUAGCAUUCAGGAUCCAUGCUGAGUUCCAGCUGAAUGAGCCACCAGACUUCCCCUUCUGGUUUUCCCCAGGCCAGUUCACAGGUCACAUCAUCCUCUCCAAGGAUUCUUCCCAUGUCCGAGAGUUUAAACUCUUUGUCCCUAACAACAGGUCUCUGAAUGUCGAUAUGGAGUGGCUGUAUGGGGCGAGCGAGAGCAGCAACAUGGAAGUGGAUAUCGGUUACCUGCCUCAGAUGGAGCUGGAAUCGACAGGGCCUUCAGUCCCCUCUGUGAUCCACGAUGAGAAUGGAAAUGUGAUUGACAGCAGGGAUCCCUCAGGGGAGCCCAUUCAGUUUGUGUUCGAAGAGAUAACCUGGCAGCAGGAAAUCCCCUGGGAAGAGGCAGCCCAGAAGCUGGAAGUGGCCAUGUAUCCAUUUAAGAAGGUCUCCUAUCUUCCCUUCACACAAGCUUUUGAGAGAGCAAAAGCAGAAAAGAAGCUGGUGCACUCGAUCCUGCUGUGGGGUGCUCUGGACGACCAGUCCUGCUGAGGUUCGGGGCGAACUCUCCGGGAAACCGUCCUGGAAAGUUCGCCCAUCCUCGCCCUCCUGAACGAGAGCUUCGUUAGCAGCUGGUCGCUGGUGAAGGAGCUGGAGGAGCUGCAGAGCAACAGAGAGAAUGAGUUCUACAGCAAGCUGGCUGACCUGCACCUGGAGAAAUACAACUUCCCCGUGGAGAUGAUCAUCUGCCUCCCCAACGGCACGGUGGUUCACCAUAUCAAUGCCAACUACUUCCUGGACAUUACUUCUAUGAAGCCUGAAGAUGUUGAAAAUAGCAUCUUUAGUUUCUCAACCAAUUUUGAAGACCCUUCUACUGCAACUUACCUCCAGUUCCUGAAGGAAGGACUGCAAAGAGCAAAACCAUACCUGCAGACCUAAAACCACAGGCACCUGAAUACCCCAUGCAGAUGGCCAAAGACUUCAGAGAUCUAUUUUGAUUACAGCAAUUAAGAUGCAGACAGUCCCAGCACUAGGGCUUUGCUCUUGAUGCUGGUUUGAGGUUAAGGUUCAAGUGAUACCAGUUUACAUAACCUGCCCUUUUGAGUUCAGGCAAAUUUUUACAGGAGUGAAAAUACUUGAAUCUAUAAACAUUCUCGGUGCAUACACCUUGGUUUGCCGCCCACCCUCAUCUUUUUCCAGCUCCUGUUCAGACUGGGGGAAAACUCCUGUAACAGCCUCACCCAGCAUCACCCAGAAACCCUCAAGGACUGGACUGUGACUUGACCCACGGAGAGCAGCGUUGCCGAUACGACCCAACACUUGUGGUGCCCGUGCCCCGUGGGCGAAGGCGCAGAAUCCAGCGCAGGUGGGAAGCUCCCUCCUGGUAGCCGCUGUCCUCCACACCUUGCCAGCAGCAGCUCUGAGCUGGAAGCUGCCCUGUGGCUCGGACGCCAGCUCUUCACGACAGCGUUUAUUGACAGCAGCGGUCCCUGAUGCGUGAUGGGACUGGGGCUGGUGGUGUUUCAGCCCGGAGGCCAGAGCUCUGGGGUGGCCUCUCCCAGCACCCUGCAGGACAGGGCGGGCGAGCAGUCUCACUUACUCAGGUUCAUUGUGUCUGAGGGAGGUGCUCAGGUUGACCCGGUGAAGUUAGGAAUGGAGAGCAGGGCAUUAGGGCAUGGUACAGCUCAGAGACACCAGGCAUGGAUUAACUCGGGGGGGAUUAGGGGUCAGAGCCUCUGUUAGCUCCACCAGUGCAGUCCGUGCACCCAAAGGCUGUAGGACACAGUGGUGAGCAGUGCCCCCACCCCAUUCAGCCCAGGGCCGUUCCUGCCCCACCAGCUUUGAGGGUUUUGUUCUCCCAGUGUCUCCUCAGAGGUGGUGAAAUGCUCCGUCCAUGUUUGCUUUGAGCUUCCCAGUCACUGAACCAUGAACCACAAUGAAGUUCCCUUCGGGAACAGGAGCUUCAGCAUUGCCCUGAGAGCAUUAACUGGUCGAUAGCUGAGCAGUUUUAAAAGCCAGUGGUACUAAAGCGAUUUUCAGGAGAUUUUUCCAAAGAAAUUCUUCAGGCAGAACGCCAUUGUCCCUUACCUGUAAGCACCCUGAGCAGUUGCUCCUACUCUGUAUCAAUGCCUGGCUAUGGAGUGAGUGUAAUUUGGAGAAAGAAGGGUUAAAUGAAAUGGGGUUUAAAGCAUAUUCCCAGAGAGAGUGAGCAGGCAAAGCAUCUUCAAUAGAUGGCUGCAGACAGCUGUGGCUCUUGAUGCUUUUUCUGCUCCCUGAAGCACAAUUUUGUGGGACCAAAUCAAAUGGGGGGGAAUAGCCUUUUUUUUUUAUUUUAUUUUUUUAUUUGGAAGGGGUGUUUUCAUUCCUUGGCUCCAGGACUUGUUUGGAACCCAGGGGUGGUGAUUACCGUGUCCCCACCCCACCCCAGCCCUCCCAUCUGUAUCCGUGGCUGGAGACUGAGUUUAGGUGGACCUCUGGGCUGAAUCAGUGUAGCUUCACUAAUUGCUCUAGUGAGAUUAGUUACCCCCGGGAUGUUUCUCAGUAUCAGCUUUAUAACUAUGCAUUAGCUCUGCACUUUUCUCGCGCUCCAAGGGGCCUGCAGGAAUGACAGGCUUGGAUCCGGCAGCGCUUUCAGCUGCAGAAAGUGCCAAAGCCUCCAGGCAGCGUUUGAGACCGAGCUCCUGUCACACCGGCGGUCUCGUCCCUUUGGGGGACUUUGGUCUCAUCCUUUUGGGAGACUUUAGCCCAAGCAGAGAGUGGCAGAGGAGUCCGAGUGCCUGCCUCCCCCCCAGCUCCUCGGGAAGCGCAGCUCCAGUGGCCUCUGGCUUUUACAAAGCUUCCCCUUGAGGUAUUUUUGUUACCCCUUUCCUGAGCCCCUCAGUCAGGCGCCUCAGACUCCCAAGUUGUGUCUGUCACCUCCGCCGGGGUGCAGAGUUCACGCUAUUUGUUUUCCUUCCAACUGGUUUUGCAGAAGAAGGGGCCAGAGAGGGCAGUGGCUGAGCAGGCAGGGAUUGCUUUUGUCUUUCAAGGCUUGGAAAAAACGGGCACGGGAGAGGUUCUGCAGGGCCAGGGCAGCCCGCUGCUUUGUGCUGUGCGGAGGUCGGGAGUUCCACGGGGCAGCACCACUCCCUUGACCCUGCAAAUUGCAGAGCUGCCUCGCUGAGGGUCAGUGUCUGAGCCUGGGCUCGCACAGAGCCUUCGGGAUCCCUCAGAGUCCCUUGUUCUUUCUCUGGUGAAUGGCCGGGCUCUUGCAGCCCUGCCCAGAGCCGCCUCGAGCGCUGCCGGAGCUCGGGGUGAAGGGGCUUUGUCUGAACCGCGGCAGAAGGAGCCCAAAGAGCCGCCCCCAGGCUGGAGCAGUUUUGGGGGGAUCUGGGGGGACUCAAUCCCAAUUAUUGUGUGUCCCACUAUUAACCCAUUAACUGCAAAGCUGCCUAAUUGAUCCCUCACUGCCUAGUUGCUGCCGUGAGUGGGCUGCGGACAGAAGCUGUUGCCUGAAGCUUUUAUUAAUAGGUGCCGAGCUUUUUGUCUCCUAUUUGUAAACUUACUAAGUUGGGUUGGUUUGGGUUGGUUUUUUUUUUUUCCGAUAGGUUUGUGAUACCUCGCGGGGGAGGAGGUGCUGCUUUCCCCCACCUCCUGUGCUUUGUGACGCUCUGGUCUGAAACCCACAGCGGGCCAGAGCCGAUGUUUUGUCAGCGAGGGUCCGGGGGGAAGCAGCCCCGAGCGGUUCGGUGCCGGUUGGCGUGAGGGGCCCUGCGCCCCGGCUGUAGCUGCACUUGUUAAACCGUCCCACCCGC